AGUUUGGAAGUUUACAGAAGGACGAUCUGUUCAUCUGCCUGUGGACGGGAAAUGGGUAGUGUUGGUGAAUUAAGUUGGGUUCUUUUCUUGUCUCGUGUUAGAGGAUGAUAUAAUGCACAUUACUCUGCAAAAGAGGGAUAAGGGGCAGAUGUGGGCUUCUCCUCUUAUGGGUGAUGGCCAGCUGGAUCCUUAUGCAGCUGAUAUUGAGCAGAAGCGUCUUAUGCUCCAGAGAUUUCAGGAAGAGAAUCCGGGUUUCGACUUCUCACAAGCUCAAUUUACAGGGAAUUGCCCCGAUCCAAGAACUUUCAUGGGAGGGAUUCGUAACGAUUGACCAUGCCAUUGCGUCGUAUUGUUGUUUUGUCAGGCUGGUGGCCUAAUCCAGACGUUCUUGUAGAAAACAGUCCUGUAUUCUCUACUUUCAAGCCAGGUCUGGCUUCUCAGCAAAAACGAUCAGCAACCGGCUUCUAUGUCAUAUAUAGGAUGUAGCACCAGUUGCUCGUUCUCAAGUUGAAGUUGCACAAUUUGUAUAUGAUUUAUGGCUUGGGAAAUGACUGUCCCUUCUGCGCUUGUUCUGAGGAUGGACGAAAACUCGACUUUGUUCAAUGAUCCAUCUGUCAUGUACAUCAGUACACCAGACUUCUAUGCUGUUUUGUAUUGCAGCAGUGUCUGUCAUUAUAUGAGCUGCGUGGUUUGCUUCUCUUUUUGACACGUCUUCGCCUUCCCUGUGUACCCUCCCU